AUGGGCCUCCGAUUCCUGCUGGCUCUGUUCCUUGUUCUCAUAGUACUGGGACACGAGGCCCAGGGGGCCCUGCUGCCCCAGACCGAGCCCUUUGCCAGCCCAACUCUACUGGUUCAGGUCCAAGAAUCCCUUUCCACGUACUGGGACACGGCCAAGGCUGCUGCACAGGGUCUGUAUGAGAAAACUUACCUGCCCAGUGUGGAUGAGAAGCUCAGGGAUAUGUACAGCAAAGGCUCGGCUGCCAUCACCACGUACGCCGGCAUCUUCACAGACCAGCUCCUCACCAUGCUGAAGGGAGACUAA